UCUUGCGCGCUGUCUAUUUUUCUUCAGCCCCGUUAUCGAUGAAAGACGUCCAAUGACUACCAUGUUAUUUCAGUUGUCAAGUUGUGCGAGAAGUGUAUAAACUUGCAAAUUUUGCGAGGUAUUCAAGUAUUUUGUGAAAAAAUGUCUCAUCGCUGAGCACAAAUGUCAAAUUAGAUUGAAGUGGAAUUUCAGACGAGAUUGAAUGAAGUCUCUAGUCUAUAUCAAAGCACUGGGAGAAAGCUGAAAAGAAUUGAAAUUCGUAAAAAGACCUGAACAAGAUGAUUUCCUUCGCAAACAUCGCUAUAACGUCUGCAUUUUCAGUUGUAAUAUUAAUUGGACUUGUUGGAAACAGUUUAGUGAUAUUAAUUGUCGCAAGAAACAAAUAUCUUCGACAAAAGAAGCCAAUUUGCGUCGUUCUUCUCAACUUGGCCGUUGCAGACUCUAYCGUCUUGCUGUUCUUGGCUCCAAGGCAUGUUUUCUUUGCUUUGAUUGAUCCCUAUCCAGACGGUACRMUGGGAGACUAUCUAUGCAAGUUUAUAACUGGUGGAAAUAUAGCGUGGAUUGGCGCCAUUACGUCRAUAUGCUCCUUGCUGCUAAUCGCUGCUGAGCGCUUCUACGCAGUUUGUCUACCGCACAAGUAUUCCAAGAGAUUUACGCGCGUUUUUGUGCGUCGACUUUUAGCUGUUGCGUGGUUAUUUGGGUUUUUGUUCAACCUUCCACUCUUCAUAGUCACUCGAUAUAACCAAAAGAUUAGGUUUUGCGUUGAAGACUGGGGCUCAACGACGCUUUCUCAAGUCAGCGCUGUAUUAUGGGUAUUAACAGCAGGAAUUAUUCCUCUUUGUCUGAUGAUAUACUUUUAUUCCAACGUUAUUUUUACUUUGUGGAUCAAGAAAAGCGAAGUUGGUCACGGACAGUUAGUCAUCCGUCAAGUCCGUCAAAAAACUCGACGACGCGUCAGCAAAGCAUUGUUGGUAAUCAGUUGUCUGUACUGCGCGAGUUGGUUUCCACCKCUGACCAACUAUAUUCUUGUCAACUUUGUACCGAAGAGGAGUUUCAGUAAUACAGCAUAUCUUGCUUCCGUUGUCAUGGUAGCGUUCAACUCCUCAGUGAACCCUUUAAUUUAUGCGUUUUACAGCGGAUUGUUCAGACAGCAUUURAAAAAUCUGAUUUUCCAUAAGUUAGUGCCCAAGCGAGUCACGGCCAUUGAACUGCCCAAUCCUCUCUCGGCCACGAAUAACUUCUCGGCAAAUUUGUCCGCAAUGAAAGGAAAAGAACUUCAGUUUUCUAAUGUUUUGGAACAAAGUCAGAAUACCAGAGCGAGAGGACACGAUGAUGGCGCAUURCAACCCACUGCAGAGCUCUUUGCAGCUAAAGUUUCUUCCUUUAAUAAGUUAUAGUGCUAUCAAGAACAUUCCUUGGUCUCCCUGUGGUACUAAAAACGUGACAUCAUCGACGAUAAGACCGAAAAGAAACAUGGGAAUUUUAAUUAUUUCAUCAGUUCCCGGACACUCUGCCUAUUUAUAUAAUCACGAUCUUGUUUCCAUUGAAAAUGUCAAUAAUGUUCGCAUUGUAAGAAUUAUCUAAAAAAAAUUCGAGUUCCCAGAAUCCCCUACGGUCCUAACGUAUACCACAGGGAGACCAAUGAUCCCUUAGUCUUGUCAGUAGGAGACGGAAUUUUCUCUAUUUCUCGAUCGCUGAUCUAUAAGAGUUGUAACGAAAGACAAUCAGGGACAUAAGACUGGGAGAAGGAUCAAAAGACGGAAUCAGAAAUCUCAGGGGAUCAGGAAGAGACAUGUGAAUUCGGAUUAUAAUAUGUCGCGGGAUCAAAGAUCAAAUACGGGAUCAAAAUAAACGGUUAUUCCAGCC